AUGGAUGAACUUCGACAAGCUCAAGUAGAAAAGGUUCAAGAGGCCCUAGAUAUAGACGAGAUUGAAACGGAUAAGGGCUUGAAUCAAGAACUUGGUCUUGCUAGAGCUGCUAAUACUCAAAAAGCUAGGGCAAUAGGAUAUCUCAGAACUUGUCAAACGUUUGAGGUUGCUUUCAUAUUGCACUUAAUGAGAGAUAUUUUAGCAAUCACAAAUGAGCUUAAUGAAUCCUUACAGAAGAAAGAACAAGAUAUUGCAAAUAUUGUUCUAUUUGUUAAAGUGGUGAAAAAACGAUUGCAAGAUUUACGGGAUGAAGGAUGGGAUCCACUUAUCAAAAAUGUGUCUAAAUUUUGUGUCAGUGAGGUGAGAACGGAUUUACUUAUUGGGGUUGCUUGCUUGAAUCCUGUUGACUCAUUUUUUAAUUUCGAAAUAAAAAAAAUAUUGAGAAUGGCUGAAUUAUAUCCUAAUGAUUUUGGUGAAAAUAUAAUGGUUACUCUCAAGAAUCAGAUAGAGACUUAUAUUGUUGAUAUUCAUGAUGUUGAUGAAAGGUUUUCUAAUCUAAAAGGACUUGGUGACCUUUCCGAGGAGCUAGUUAAGACAAAAAAAUACUUUAAUUAUCCUCUUGUGUUUCGUCUUGUAAAGUUUGCAUUGCUCCUGCUGGUUGCCACUGCUGCAGUUGAAAGAGUCUUUUUGGCAAUGAAGUUGAUCAAGAGUGAAUUGAGAAAUCGAAUGGAUGAUGGUUUCAUGAGCAGUCGUAUGCGUAAAGAGAGAGAAACAAAAUCCAUAAACCAUUACAACACAAACGAUUCCGUCACCGCCACCGCCGGCGCCGCUGCAAUGCUGCCGGAGAUUCCUCCAGCACCACCGCCUUUACAGUAA